AUGGCACAGUGUCUGGUCGAUGGCAUGUCUAGAAGUACAGUGGAGGCUCGAGCGGUGGAGAGAAAGAACGAUGGAAUAGGAGCAGAGAGGGAAAGGGAGGACACAGUUUGCUAUCCAAGUGAUAGUAAACCUGUGUUAACUGUAGAGUGGUUGGAUCAAUUUAUAAGGGUCCAGUACGUCGCCAAGCUGCAACACCUUCUCAAUGCAGUGCAGGGCCCGGCGGCGCUUCGACUGAAAGGAAUGGAAAUCACAGCAGCCAAUUUCGACGUUGCAUGGGACAAGCUCGUGCAUCGCUAUGACAAUCGGCGCAUACGUUUACAUAACGCCCUGGAGAGCCUAAUGCAGCUACCACUGGUGAAGUCGCGCACCGUGGAUGAGCUUACCAACCUGAUCGACAGGACAGAGGAGGCGGUUCGAUCGCUGCAGGAAUUGCGGUGCCCUGUUCACGAGUAUGACAAUUGGAUUGUCCACUGCGUCGUUCGAAAGCUCGACGCGAAUUCGCGGGAGUCGUGGGAGAUCUCACGCGAGGAAUCCUCCGAGUUCCCGAAGUACGGUGAUCUGGUCCUUUUUCUCGAGCGUCGUGUGCAGUCGCUGGAGCAGGCGCGACCAUCAGCCGGGCUUGCGACGACGAGCAGCCAAGGCUUGCGUGAUCGGGGCUACGGACAUCGACGUGUCUCGGCCAACACCGCACGAAUUGAAGACGCGCCUGCGGGUCGUUCGGGACCCCUGUGCGACGUCUGCCAGAAGAGCCACUGGAUUCAUAGAUGCUUCAAAUUUUUAGGCAUGUCCCAGCAGCAGCGGCUCGAGCUGUGCAAGGCGAAGCGUCUGUGCCUGAACUGCCUGCACAGGUCGCACCUCGUUGUCAAGUGCCCAUCAUCGUCGCGCUGCCUCAUCUGCCAGGAUAAGCAUCACACGAAGCUUCACACCGACAGGCUGGGACGACCGAGACACGGGAACGGCAGCAGCGCCGAGGAAGAGGCCAUGAGCAACGUCAACGCUCCAAUCGAAGAGGAUCAAGGCAGCUCGGUGAAUGUGUUCACGACUCGAGUUGGCUCCGACAUUUUGUUGGCUACCGCAAUGGUACACCUCGUGACCGCGGACGGACAGCUCCUGUCGGUCAGGGCACUCAUUGACCCAGCGGCGGAGCGGAGCUUCAUCACUCGGCGUGCGGCAUCGCAGCUGAAUUUGCCUACGCGACGCACUUCGAUGUCGAUCAUUGGUCUCGGCGCUGCUGAGUCAUCGAAAGCCGGCACCGAGCUGUGCCUGCGGGUGCGAUCCCCCAAGAAGCCUGAAUUUGCAUUGCAGACAUCGGCCCUGAUACUUUCGGAGCUUACGGAUUUCUUACCCAGCAAUCGAGUGAAAUUUGAGUCGUGGCAGCACAUAUGGGGUCUUGAGCUGGCCGAUCCGCGCUUUGGAGUGCCGGCGCGUGUGGAUUUCGUUCUCGGCGGCGAUGUGUUCCCGGAGCUUAUUUUGAACGGGGUCAUCAAGGGGACUUCGGGAACCCCCGUGGCCCAGAAGACGGUCUUUGAAUGGAUAUUGACGGGACCAACGCUGCCGGACACGGCCGACGAAGGAGGUGCUGUGCGAGCGUUUCACGCAUCAAUUGAGCCGUCAAUCUCAAGUCUCGUCUCGAAGUUAUGGGAGCUCGACAACGUAACGAGCAGGCCGCAUUUGUCUGAGGACGAGAGGCGCUGCGAAGAACUGUUCGUGCAGACGCAUCGUCGGGACAGCAGCGGGCGAUUUGUGGUGCGUCUACCAUUCGCGCGCAGAGCCGACCUGAGAGGCUCCAGGUUCACGGCUCAGUCUUGUCUGCUAAGGAUGGAGCGCCGUUUUCAAAAGGAUUCGAGGCUGCGCGACGUUUAUUCCGAGUUUAGGGAUGAAUACAUAAGGCUUGGGCACAUGGAAUGUGUGCCGACGCAGCAACUUCAACGACCGAGUUCCUAUUUGCCUCAUCAUGGAGUUUUUCGACCGGACAACCCCAACAAGAUUCGAGUGGUGUUCAACGCGUCGAGCAAGGCAAAUGACGGAAUAUCGUUGAAUGACCAACUGCUUGCGGGGCCAAAACUGCAGGCGGAUAUUACAGUGGUACUGUCCAACUGGCGUUUUUUCGAAUUCGCAGGCACGACCGACGUCGAGAAGAUGUUCCGCCAGAUACGAAUACACGAGGACGACGUCGACUGGGAGCGUGUGCUCUGGCGAGCUGGCCCUGACGAGCCGAUACGUGAUUAUCGCUGCACGACGGUAACUUACGGGACUGUUUCAGCUCCCUUCCAGGCCCUGCGCGUGAUGAAGCAGCUUGCGGAGGACGGACGGGUAGCUUAUCCGGAAGCAUCGGAGGUGCUACAGCACCUGCUCUACGUCGAUGAUCUUUUUUUUGGCGCCGGAUCUGCGGGAGAGGCAAUACGCCGAAGAGAUGAGCUCAUCGCGCUGCUCGCGUCAGCUGGCAUGAGGCUAGCGAAGUGGGCUGCAUCGCACACAGAAAUCGUUGAGGAUCUCACCGACAACAAGCCGGAGGCGGUUGCAUUGAGGGUAGAUGAGGCGGUGUUUACACUUGGAUUGAAAUGGCUACCUCGGCUGGACUGUUUUACCUUUCAAUUUAAGCCUGUCCUCACGACGUCGCCUGCCACUCGUCGUACGGUAUUAUCCGACAUUGCAAGGACAAGUCAAGUACUUGGCACUUGCAUGCGUUCGCUGACGCGUCUAAGAGAGCCCAAGACAAAAUUAGCACCGACCAAAGUGCAGACGGUGCCGAGGUUGGAGCUCUGCGCGGCCGCUCUUCUUGUCCGCCUGGUCAAGAGUCUGCUUGACGGCCUCAGAUUUCCACCGGCGCGCAUCUUCUGUUGGUCGGACUCGAGUGUUGUGUUUGAGUGGUUGCGAGGACAUCCUUCGAGGUGGCCAACGUUCGUGGCGAAUCGAGUCAGCGACAUUCAGACUGGCCUGCCUGACGCUUGCUGGAGGCAUGUACGAACGAUGGAUAAUCCAGCUGACUGUGCGACAAGAGGAUUAUCGCCGCUCGAAUUGUCCGCUUUCCCACUUUGGUGGAAUGGCCCUUCUUGGCUUCUCGACGAGGAGGCAACGUGGCCAGCAUCUGUUAUACCCUCGAGUGAAAGCGCACAGGUUAUGGUCGCACGGCAGGCGCCUCCGCCGGCCGUUACCAGCUGCCUACCGAAUUUGAGCGUAUUUUCCAGCUUCAGCAAAAUGGUUAAAGUGCUCUGUUACUGCCGCCGGUGGCUGGCUGUCGUCGGUCGAGCGGAAGUGGCGGGGCCCGAUGGUGACGAGUGGAGAGAGGCUCAAUUUAUGUGUUUUCGGCUGAUCCAAGCGCAUCAUUUCGGGGACGACAUCAAGGCGGUCACUGCUGGAGAAAAGCUGCCGAAGAGGAGUCGGUUGAGGGCACUUCACCCCUUCAUUGGCACUGGAGGUCUAUUGCGAGUUGGUGGUCGUUUGCAGAACGCUCCACUGACAUAUGAUGAAAAACACCCGAUCAUUCUGCCUGGACGUUGUUUAAUCGUGAGGAGAUUGAUUGAACAGGCUCAUAGGGAUACCCUUCAUGGCGGACCGCAGCUUAUGCGCUCACACCUAGGCCGCAUGUUUUGGAUUUUGCGAGGCCCGCGCGUCAUUCCCGCCGUUUGCGGAGACUGCGUUCGCUGUGCUCGCUUUCGAGCUACUGCAGUGGAGCAGCAGAUGGUCCCGCUGCCCGCAGUUCGAGUCACUCCUGGACGACCAUUCCAAGUAACAGGAUUAGACUAUGCCGGACCACUGCCAAUACUGUUUUCAAAAGGACGUAAGGCUCCGUCCACCAAAGGUUACAUCGCCAUCUUUAUAUGCAUGGUCGUCCGAGCGGUCUACGUUGAGGUGGUGUCGGAUCUGACCACCAGUCAAGCUCUCGUGGGCGAGCAAGAUCCGACUCCGGAAAGUCCAGGAGUGGAACUGCGUGCCGAAUCGAAUCGGCGCUGUCUUUUAUACCGCUGGCCGGGAGCAUCGAGGGAGCUGCGUGAACUUUUCUCCAAAAGCUCGCCUCUUCUCGAGCGUGCAAGCAAUCGUUUGCAGAAGAGAGGCAUAGUUUGGACGUUCAUCCCUCCCAGGGCACCCCACUUCGGCGGUUUGUGGAAGGCCGCCGUGCGGAGCUUCAAAUACCACUUUCGACGGGUCAUUGGCGACACGAGGCUCACAUUUGAGGAGCUUUCAACUGUGGCUGCGCGCAUCGAAGCGUGUUUGAACUUGCGACCGCUGUGUCCUCGCAGCAGCCGACCAGAGGAUUUGGAGGCUCAUUUUUUGGUUGGGUCUUCGCUGCUGGACUACCCUGAGCCUUACGAUGAUCGAACUCUCAACUUUACUAGUCGCUGGAGAUUGUUGCGCGGCAUGCGUGACUUGUUUUGGAGUCAAUGGCGAAGAGAAGUGCUCUCACAAAUGCAGCAGAGGAGUAAGUGGCUGACCGCACGCGAGAGCUUGCGGCCAGGUGACAUGGUGCUGCUCAAGGAUGAUCUCUGUUCGCCAUCGUCGUGGCCGCUGGCACGCGUCGAGCAGGUUCAUCCGGGUUCUGAUGGAUUGGUCAGAGUUGCGACUAUCAAGACCGCAAGCUCAACUUUUACAAGACCAAUUGUCAAAUUGAUUAAGCUGCCGACUGAUGCUCAAGCCGAGGAAUAUUACUGUCGGCUCAAUGAAAAGAAGACGAACGAAUGA